AUGAGAGUCAAAGGUGGCUUGACCAGGCCACGAGGCGCGCACAAGGCGCUCCACCUUCCUCACAACAGGCCGCCCCGCAGCGGGCAUGAGGGUUCAGUCAACGAGUUGGCUUUGAGAUCGAUCAUGCGGCUGCUGAAGUCCGGCUUCAUGCGCAUCUUGAACCGGUGUUUUCCGCCUGACGCCCUCCGCAGUGGUCUUGCUGUUCCAAUUACCGGCGACGCAAUGAGAUCGAUCACGUGGCUGCGCGAAGGACGUUCAUCUCGAGCCUGCAAAACGGCCUUCUCUGUCCGACGAUGCCAUCCAGCCGACAUGCUCCGGGCGGAAGGCAGCACAGCGAAACGUCAUUUCCCGACAAAUGCCCUCCCCCAGGUCCUACGUCGGAUCGGGUAUACCAGCUUCAAGAGGAACAAGCGUAACCAAAGUGGCAAGCUCGUGGUCGCAAGGAGGCGUAUAUCGUUGUCAGAGUUUCAUACGACCAAACACCUGAAUGAUUCAGAAACUGACAUGCGGCAGAAUACCACCCUCCAUGACAUGUAUCAAGUGGAAGAUGCAAUCCACCGCCCCUUGUCGGUAAUGCAAGUCGAUAGGAUUGCUGAUAGAUGGGAGGACCUUCUCUACCAGCAUGGUAAUACCGUCGAUGGCCAUAACGCUGCAGGUCGUGGCGAAACAUUGGGAUGCUGCAUACCGGAGCACGUACAGCCGAAAUUGCAGCGCUUUGGCAAUGAGAGGUAG